GUGGACGGCCCCAGGUAACCAACAUCGGUCGCAGAAUAUACAAAACCGUCUCAGAAGAAGAGAGAACGACGGCCACAACCCCAGCCCCCGGGUCCAAAGCCAAACCCGCCUCAUCUCCCGUCCACCUUGCCAUAGCCGGAGGCGAAGGCGAGCGGCGGCGGCCUCUCGGAGUCACGGAUCUCAGCUUACGGCUUCUAUCAGGAGGCAGCAAACUCCUAAGGUUUGUAUUCAAAGACAGCACUAGGACAUCCCUUUGGACAGCAUGCCUAAGAUAAAGACAAGCCGUGUCAAAUAUCCUGAAGGAUGGGAGCUUAUCGAACCAACUAUCCGCGACUUGGAUGCCAAAAUGAGAGAAGCUGAAAACGAUACACAUGACGGGAAGAGAAAGUGUGAAGCACUCUGGCCAAUUUUCCGCAUUUCUCAUCAAAGAAGCCGCUACAUAUAUGAUCUUUAUUAUCGAAGGAAGGAAAUAUCAAAGGAUCUGUAUGAAUUUUGCCUGGACCAGGGUUAUGCAGACCGUAAUCUGAUUGCAAAGUGGAAAAAGCCUGGUUACGAGCGCCUUUGCUGCCUUCGAUGCAUACAGACACGAGAUCACAACUUUGCAACCACUUGUGUCUGCCGGGUCCCCAAACACCUCAGGGAGGAGCAAGUUAUAGAAUGUGUCCACUGUGGCUGCAAGGGCUGUGCCAGCGGUGACUAACCAUGUUGUUAGUAUGUCUUCGAAUCCAUGAUCUACUACUACUCCGUUUCGGUUUAUAAGAACUGCCCUAGAAAGGUGUAUCGCUUGACAUUAUUGUUGCUGCGAUAUCGUUGACCUGGAUUUAAAUGUGGUCAUAACAAGCCGUUGUUUGUUUCCAUGCGGUCGUCGGCGGUUGGUGAGAGGCUUGAUUUGAUCCAAUCCAAGCAAAAGGAUUCCAAGCGAGGAGGCUGUGCGAUCCGGCCUGCUGGUCAUUCCCACUUCCAGCGGCAUUUGGAUUUGAGUAGGAGAUCCAGCAGCAGCUUGGCUGGCUGGCUCCGUCGCGUUCCGGAAACAUGGCAAAGCUGUACACCACGCUCCUCGUAUCCGGGGCCGCUCACGUUGCUAUCUCGACAAAAACGGCUCGCAUAAACAACAGAGGCUACGGGGCCAAGACCGAUGCCCACGGGACGGGACCGGGCCGAUUGGUGAGGCAUCGCCGUUCGUCCGAUGGGAACCGAUGGAACAGCUUAGCUAUACCGUUGCGCCGGGCUCACCAUCGGCUCGUGCAAGUGUGCAAGUGUGCAUGGUCCUCGUGCACCGACCAGUACCCGCUGUCGGUGCGCCUGUGGGGGGGCGUGCGCGCGAGCCAAGCCAGCAGAAGACCAAAGCUGUUUUCUCUUUUUUUUUUAAUUCGUGUACGGGCACGAGUAAAGCCCGCGGACGGGUCAAGGGCCCAAGGCAAGGCACCGUCGAUUGAUCAUGUGACGGUGGUGUAGACCGUAGACCAGCAGCGUAGAUGAUGGAGUUCGUUCCUUUGAA